UGCUGCGUUUGGGCGAGGGGAGAAACUUGCGGUGUCCCCCCGGGCGCUGCUGAUCUUCUGGCAGUUCCGUUUGGAGACGGUGCCUGUGUGAAGGGGGCGCUUCGUACGGGUUUGUGAAGCUUUGCAGGGUCAAGUUGGCGGAAUAUGAGCAACUUCUAGUGUAUUUUACGGUCGGCAGCAGGUAACGCGCGUACCGGCCUUGGAGCGCCCGGUUCCCGCGGAGCGCUGGCAGUGGCGGCGCGGGCGCCCCCCGGACUGAGGCCGCGCUGCGGCGGGCGCUGCCCCGCCGGCAACAAAGACCGCGGGGACCGCCAGUUUGCUGGGACAGGCUGCACAAGGAAAUUAAAUUAACCCGCCUUCGACCUUCUUGGAAAACAUUUAAAAAAAAAUGCCUAAAAUAAUCGUGUUCUAACUUAGAUGUCUCGCGUGGGACAGAUCCCUGAAAAAGAACUUAAUGCGGAAUACUAAAAGCAAUUUUGUUCCUGGAUUUUUCAACAACUGUCCUGUGAUGGAAGGGAAAUAAUUUUUGACGUUAAAAUGGAUUUUACACAACAUAACAAAAACUGGCCUAAUAGCAGCAUUUUUGUUUGAAGAUAAUAACCCUUGUUACAGAUAAUCAUGACAACGUCUCAUAUGAAUGGACAUAUCACAGAAGAUUCUGACAGUGAAGCAAAAAAUGUGGAUCUUGCACCUCCUGAGGAACCUCAGAAGCACAGAGAAAUGGCUGUUGAUUGCCCUGGGGAUUUGGGCUCCAGGAUGAUGCCCAUGCGGCGGAGUGCUCAACUUGAACGAAUCCGUCAGCAGCAGGAGGACAUAAGGCGCAGACGAGAAGAGGAGGGAAAGAAACAAGAACUGGACCUUACUGCUUCCAUGAGGCUAAAGAAACUAGCACAAAUUCCUCCUAAAACUGGAAUAGAUAAUCCAAUAUUUGACACAGAAGAAGGAAUUGUUUUGGAGAGUCCUCAUUUUACUGUGAAGACACUAGAAGUGGACGAACUGUUAACUUCUCUUAAGCAUAUCCAGCAUGUUUUGGUAGACCCUCAGAGCCAAGAGGAUAUCUCUCUCAUUUUACAGCUUGUUCAAAAUACUGAUUUUCAGAAUGCGUUUAAGAUACACAACGCUGUAACAGUGCACAUGAACAAAGCCAGCCCUCCAUAUCCUCUCAUCUCCAAUGCACAAGAAUUAGCGCAAGAGGUACAGAGCGUUUUGAAACCCAGUCACCAUAAGGAUGGGCAGGAGCUUAACACUUUGCUGAAUGCCCCUCAUAUGCAGGCACUUUUACUGGCUCAUGAUAAGGUUGCAGAACAAGAAAUGCAACCAGAGCCUGUGACAGAUGAAAAAAUUUAUGAGAAUGUUGGUGUGUACGGAGGGGAGACAGUUAAAAUAGUUCGCAUUGAGAAAGCUCGGGAUAUUCCAUUGGGUGCUACUGUUCGCAAUGAAAUGGAUUCUGUUAUCAUUAGCCGAAUAGUGAAAGGAGGUGCUGCAGAGAAGAGUGGGCUGUUACAUGAAGGAGAUGAAGUUCUGGAGAUUAAUGGCAUUGAGAUUCGUGGAAAAGAUGUUAAUGAAGUUUUUGACUUGUUGGCUGACAUGCAUGGUACUCUGACCUUUGUAUUGAUUCCCAGUCAGCAGAGCAAGCCACCUCCUGCAAAGGAGACAGUUAUACAUGUGAAAGCACAUUUUGACUAUGAUCCCUCAGAUGACCCUUAUGUACCCUGCCGAGAGUUAGGCUUAUCUUUUCAAAAAGGAGAUAUACUUCAUGUGAUCAGCCAAGAAGAUCCAAACUGGUGGCAGGCUUACAGAGAUGGAGACGAAGAUAAUCAGCCACUGGCAGGCCUCAUACCUGGAAAAAGUUUUCAACAGCAAAGAGAAGCAAUGAAGCAAACCAUAGAAGAAGACAAGGAGCCAGAAAAAUCAGGAAAGCUCUGGUGUGCGAAGAAAAACAAAAAGAAACGGAAAAAGGUUUUAUACAAUGCAAAUAAAAAUGAUGAUUAUGACAAUGAGGAGAUUUUGACUUAUGAGGAAAUGUCACUGUAUCAUCAACCAGCAAACAGGAAACGGCCUAUUGUUCUGAUCGGCCCACAGAACUGCGGCCAAAAUGAAUUGCGACAGAGACUUAUGAAUAACGAAGUGGAUCGCUUUGCCUCUGCAGUUCCCCAUACUACUCGGAGCAGGCGAGAGACUGAAGUAGCUGGCAGGGAUUACCAUUUCAUUUCCCGACAGGCAUUUGAGAGUGACAUAGCUGCAGGGAAGUUCAUUGAAUAUGGAGAGUUUGAAAAGAACCUUUAUGGUACUAGCAUAGACUCUGUGCGGCAAGUAAUCAACUCUGGCAAGAUAUGUCUUUUAAAUCUUCAUACCCAGUCAUUGAAAACACUACGUAAUUCUGACUUGAAGCCAUAUAUUAUAUUUGUUGCACCACCUUCACAAGAGAGAUUACGUGCUUUGUUGGCCAAAGAAGGGAAAAACCCAAAGCCAGAAGAGCUGAGAGAAAUCAUAGAGAAGACGAGGGAGAUGGAACAGAACAAUGGCCACUACUUUGACACAGCAAUUGUGAAUUCUGAUCUUGAUAAGGCGUAUCAGGAGUUACUUCGGUUAAUAAACAAACUCGACACAGAACCCCAGUGGGUGCCCUCUACCUGGCUACGAUGAGAGAGUAAUUUCAAGGGACAAAUGGACUUCAAUCUAGUAAUCUUUCCAAGGAGAUCGUGUGUAGGUCUGCCCAAUUCUAGUAUAAAUGCAUGUGAGCCCUAGACCUCAGUGGCUGCUGCAUCCUUUGCCAGUGGAGUUGCGUAUUACUGGAAAAAUACGCUAAUCAGCUUGUGAGCCGAUUUAACUGAUGUAAAGAUUGUCCAAGUCUUCUUUCUCUGUGGUCUAGAAAUGGAGACCUUGUCAGUACUAAAUUCUAAAGCUUUAGAUAGAUUUUUCUAGCAACUACUUUUAUAUAUAAAUCUACCCUUUUUUACCUAGAAUCACCCUUAUGAAAUCAAAGUAUAUGUGUGUGUAUAUACAGUCCAUGCUGUCACAUAGUUAUAAAUAUGAAUGUUAUUUAACACUUAACUUAAUGACUUUAUGGGAUGUGAUGGUAGUUCAGGAGCGUAUUUCCACAGAUCAUUGGGCAGAGAAAUAAAUGUACACAUGAAAAACAUUAAUAUUAAUGAGAAAUCUCUCCUGUUCAAAAAAUAACCAGAAUGAAGAUGCUGCUCUGGUCUGGAGCUGCCCUGUGAGCUUGAGUUAAUAUUUUAAUUCUCGAACAUUCCACUUUCUAAUAGCACUGUAAUUGGAAAAUGUGUAUAAUGUAAAUAUUUCAAUCCUUGCGUCUUUUUAGUCAGACUUUUUAAAUCAGAUUUGACUGCACAUUCUUUUAGGUCCAAUCAAAGAUGAAUAUUAUAUUGAUCUUUUAGAUGUGAUAUUUUUAUGGAAUUUUCUUUAAAACAUAAUUGACUGAUGUGAGCCGCUGUUUUCCACAGAUCUGUAGAAAUAUUUAGAAAGGCAGAGGUUAUAUUUUUGUGAAGAAUAUAUAGUUAUAAGACAUGCUGCUUAAAAGUCAACUUAAGUUCUCAUGUUUUAUAACAGCAUACUGACUAAAACAGACUGAUGUGCUGAACAUUGGAAGAUAGUGGGGUUUUUAAUCUCUGCAAAUGGUUCAUCUUGUGGCUGUUGGUCUAAUGGAUAACUAACUGGAAUUAAAAUAGCUGAAUGUAGCUACUGUUAUAAA